UGCCUUGGAGCAUGAAUGAGGACGACUAAAGAGAGCAGCAGGGGGAGGGACCAGGCCAGCGCGUGCGGUGCGGUGCGGUGCCGUGCCGUGCAGCGCGACUUGGUACGUGGGGGCUCCGUCCGUCGGAACACACGCAGACGGCGGGCUCUAGCUCGGGUGGUCACCAGCCAUAUCAUGAGGGUGGUGGUGACGGGCGCGACGGGGUUCAUGGGCGGCCGCCUGUGCGCGGCGCUGGCCGACGCCGGCCACGACGUGCGCGCCUUCGCGCUCCCGGGCGUCGACGUUUCCGGCCUCCCCGCAGCCGUCGAGGUGGCCUACGGCGACGUCACCGACGAGGAGUCGCUCGCCGCCGCCUUCAGCGGGUGCGACGCCGUGUUCCACGCCGCCGCGGCCGUCGAGGCGUGGCUCCCCGACCCCUCUGUCUUCCACACCGUAAACGUUGGGGGACUUGAGAAUGUAUUAAAGGCUGCCAAGAGAAUGCCAGCGUUGAAGAAGAUAGUAUACACAUCGUCAUACUUCGCAAUUGGCCCAACAGAUGGUUAUGUCGCCAAUGAGAAACAGAUUCAUCAGAGGGAAUCAUUUUGCACAGAGUAUGAGAAAUCAAAGUUUCUAGCAGAUAGAAUUGCACUGCAAGCAGCAGCAGAGGGGGUUCCAAUCACCAUAGUCUACCCAGGCGUUAUGUAUGGCCCUGGAACGCUUACAUCUGGAAAUAUCGUUUGCCGCGUUUUAAUUGAAAGGUUCAAUGGGCGUCUACCUGGUUACAUCGGGCAUGGGUAUGACCGGGGAUCGUUCAGCCAUGUCGAUGAUGUCGUCAAAGGGCACAUAGCAGCCAUGGAGAAGGGCAGAGUGGGCGAAAGAUAUCUGCUCACCGGAGAGAACGCGUCAUUCGUUCAGAUUUUCAACAUGGCUGCGAAUCUUACGAACACAAAGCCACCCAAAUUCCACAUACCUCUAUGGUUGCUUGCCAUCUACGGGUGGAUUUCAGUUUUUGUUGCUCGCAUCACCGGAAAACCCCCACUAAUCAGUUACCCUGGAGUGGAUUGUCUCAGACAUCAGUGGGCUUACUCAUGUGACAAGGCCAAGAGGGAGCUGGGUUAUAGUCCACGAAGCUUAACUGAAGGCUUAGCGGAGACACUCUUGUGGCUGAAAAAUGCAAACUUGAUCAAGUUUUAGUUCUCUACCCAUUUCAGUUUGAUAUUCCAUUUUGAUAAUAAUGUCAUAUUGUCAUCUUAAAUAACUUGCAUGGAUGGUAUAGAAACAAAUAAGGUAAGAAAAUGUGAUGGCAGAAAGCAUAAAAAAAACUUUGAUAUAUUAUGCCAUCUGGCGUAUCA